AUGGAGGCCAAGGUGAGUUUCCACGUGCGGCGCUAUCUACGCGAGUGCGAGGAGCGCGGCGCGCGUCCCAGCGAGGCGACCGUCACCUCGCACCUUCGCGAGACCUAUGCCGAGUACCAGCGCAAGCCUCAGGGCGCGUUGCGCAAAGUUGUGGCCAAAGUGAUGAAGAAGGCGCAGCCCAAUGGCGGAGACACGCCCAAACGCUCGCGCUCCGAGAGCGGCAGCGACGACGAGGCGCAAAUCCGCGCACUGGAAGAGCAACAGGCCGCUGCAGGCACUGGCAACUCUUUAAACCGCGCCAUGCAGCUGAAAUACGCGGACCAAAACGCUGAUAAACCGGCUGUUAAGAAGGUUAAAAUAGUGCGCAAACGCGUUAAAAAGGAGGACGAGAAGACAGAAGCAGAUGAAAACAGAGGCUUCGUGGUGGAGAGACCCAGUGCGAGAUACAGCGACGUGGGUGGCAUCCAGACUAUUCUACAGGAGGUGAGAGAGCUCAUAGAGUACCCUCUGACCCACCCCGAAGUGUACGCACAUCUGGGUGUGGAGCCUCCUAGAGGCGUACUUCUUCACGGACCGCCAGGCACAGGCAAGUCGAUGCUGGCUCACGCUAUAGCAGGAGAGUGUGGCGCGACGUUCUUGAAGAUCUCGGCGCCCGAAGUGGUCUCGGGGAUGUCUGGCGAGUCGGAGCAGAAGCUGAGGGAGCUGUUCGAUGAAGCCAUCUCCAGAGCCCCGUCCAUUAUCUUUAUUGACGAGAUUGACGCUAUUACGCCCAAGAGAGAGACGUCAGCACGUGGGAUGGAGAAGAGAAUUGUGGCUCAGUUGCUUACAAGUACCGACUCGUUAAGUCUGGAGAAUACCGGUGGGAAACCGGUAAUUCUCAUUGGAGCUACCAACCGACCGGAUGCGUUGGACUCGGCUUUGCGCCGUGCUGGACGGUUUGAUAGGGAAAUUUGUCUGGGGAUUCCAGAUGAAGAAGCGAGAGAGAAAAUUCUAAGAGUGCUGGCGAGGAAGAUGACACUGGAGGGAGAUUUCGACUUUCCAGCGCUGGCUCGGCGGACUCCUGGAUAUGUUGGAGCAGAUCUGGUCUCGUUGACGAAGGAGGCGGCAGUGGGAGCUGUGAACCGCAUUUUCACGAAUAUUAACGCGGUGAAAGCUCUGACGGCGGAGGUUGACGCGACCAGUGUGUCUGCUGACACAGAGACGUCAGAUGCAGGCACCAGUGACGAUGCGAUGGAGGUGGAUGCGACACAGAAGACGGUGGAUGACGCCGAGGAGGCCUCGUCGGCAGCUGACGACUUACGUGCUCAAGUAAAGCCAUUCACGGAGGCACAAUUGGCACCACUCAGCAUUACUAUGGCGGACUUUGAGGCUGCGAUUCCAAAAGUUCAGCCUAGUUCGAAGCGCGAAGGCUUCGCUACGAUCCCGGACGUUACGUGGGAUGACAUUGGCGCACUUAACGAGGUGCGUGACGAGCUGUCGCUGGCAGUUCUGCAGCCCAUUGCGCACCCAGAGCGCUUUGCGGCUCUUGGGCUGUCUAUGCCUGCUGGAGUGCUGCUGUACGGACCUCCUGGUUGUGGUAAGACGCUGUUGGCCAAGGCAAUCGCCCAUGAAAGUGGCGCCAACUUCAUUAGUAUCAAGGGACCAGAGCUUCUCGAUAAGUACGUGGGUGAAUCGGAGCGAUCUGUGCGUCAAGUUUUCCAGAGAGCUCGUGCGUCCUCUCCGUGUGUCGUGUUCUUUGAUGAACUGGAUGCUCUGGCACCUCGGCGCUCUGGUGGAGCUGGUGGUGACGCCGGUGGUAACGGAGUUAGCGAGCGAGUGGUAAAUCAGCUGUUAACCGAGAUGGAUGGCUUGGAUGGACGUCGUAACGUUUUCGUAAUCGCUGCAACGAAUCGUCCAGACAUCAUCGACCCUGCGAUGCUGCGUCCUGGUCGUCUGGACAAGUUGCUGUAUGUGCCUCUGCCCCAGGCAUCUGAACGUCAUCAGAUUCUAAAAACCAUCUCAUCUAAAUGUGCUCUGGCGCCAUCAGUUCAACUCGAGGCCAUCGCGGCCGAUCCUCGUUGCGAGGGCUUCAGCGGUGCCGAUCUGAGCGCGUUGGUUCGUGAAGCUGGCAUCACAGCGCUGCGGGAGACCGAUUUCUCGAAACUGGAGGCUGGUAUUUCUGCUCUGGGGAUCGAGCACCAUCAUUUCAUCAGUGCGUUUGACCGAGUUUUCCCGUCCGUAUCACGUGCGGACCAGCGGAUGUUUGAUCGGAUGAAGAAGAACCUUCGGAAGUCUCGCUCAGCUAUGACUCGGAGCGCGAGUAGCACAACGGUGGCUUCAAGUGAAAAUGCUCAGGGCGAAGACAACAGUAAGAACGAUGCAAGUGAGAAGAGCGAUGUCGAUAUGAUUGAGGGCAAACAGUAG